AGGCGGGAGGCGCUGGGCGGCGGCGCAGAGUGCAGCAUGGCGUAUCCCGGGCAUCCUGGCGCCGGCGGCGGCUACUACGCAGGCGGGUAUGGAGGGGCUCCCGGAGGGCCUGCGUUUCCCGGACAAACUCAGGAUCCGCUGUAUGGUUACUUUGCUGCUGUAGCUGGACAGGAUGGACAAAUAGAUGCUGAUGAACUGCAAAGAUGCCUGACACAGUCGGGCAUUGCUGGAGGAUACAAACCUUUUAACCUGGAGACUUGCCGGCUUAUGGUUUCAAUGCUGGAUAGAGACAUGUCAGGCACAAUGGGUUUCAAUGAAUUUAAAGAACUCUGGGCUGUACUGAACGGCUGGAGACAGCACUUUAUCAGCUUUGACAGUGAUAGGAGUGGGACAGUGGAUCCCCAAGAACUGCAGAAGGCCCUGACGACAAUGGGAUUUAGGUUGAGUCCCCAGGCUGUGAAUUCAAUUGCAAAACGAUACAGUACCAAUGGAAAGAUCACCUUUGAUGAUUACAUCGCCUGUUGCGUCAAGCUGCGAGCUCUAACAGACAGCUUUCGAAGACGGGAUACUGCUCAGCAAGGUGUAGUGAAUUUCCCAUAUGAUGAUUUCAUCCAGUGUGUCAUGAGUGUUUAAGUCAGGAGCAAGCUGUAUGAACAUAACCUACAUUCCGACUGGAGUUCUCCUUUGCUCUUUGCCCUCAGUAAUUGUGUGCAGACUUACACAGCCACCUUUCCUUAACAGCUCUUGUAAAAGUUUAUUACUUUAUGUAUAACUGAAGUUUUUUGUUUUGAUAAUAAAUGCUUUGAGAUGAUAUUAUGAUAAGAUCCAGUCUGUUAAACACCAUUUAGAACUUCCUUGAGCCACUGUCAGUCAAGCCUUAUUUUCUU